UUGAUUGUUGGUCACAUCGGCUCCGUGCUGCCCUCUGCUGGACAUCACUGGAACACAAUGCACACACGUAAUGACGAUUUGUUUUUAUUUCUGCACUUUGAACAGUUAGUGAAGCUUCUUCAUGAUAUAUCUGAGGUAAGAGACGUGGCACCCUCUCUCGCUGCUGCUCUGUUUCUGUGGUAAGUCUUCACGUAUCAUAGCAACAGCACGCUAUUUCUGAGGACGUGAAGAAGAGGCGCUGAAUAAAAAGCUGAAGUGAGGAUCUGCAGGAAGCUCCCACUGUUCUGUCUUUACUCAGAAACUCCAGAUCAGAGAUGAUUUACGGUUCAACGAUCGGGAAGUGAAUCUGCAGCUUUUUAACCAUCGUCUUUGUGUCCAAACACGGGAAUAAGUAUUAAAUAUGAUAGAUAAUAGAUAGAUAGAUAUAUUUAUAUAUAAGAUAUAUAUAUCUUAUAUAUAUUAACAUUAAAAGUAGUAAAACAGUGUGAAAUAAAUAAAAACAAUAAAAUGCAUCAUUAGUGCCCUAAGAUUUUAUUUUUUAUGUUUUUUUUAUGAUUAAUUAAUUAUUUCUCUGGUAAACAGAAGAUUUAAAUCGCAGGAUUCUCUGUGGAUCAACAGUCGAUUAGUGAGUGAUGAGAGUUAUGAGAGUUUAUUUAGUAGUUUAGCUUCUAAAGAACGUUGGCAGGUUUAUGUGUUUGGAGCAACAACAACUUGUAAUCUAUGUAUUUAUAUACAGUAUAUAUAUUUAUAUAUUCUGUAUAUAUAAAGGACGGUGUUGGUGGAGGACUGCUGUCACCGUGUGUUUGCUGCAUGUUUCAGGAGCUGAGAAACGCCCACAGUGAGGAGAUCAUGGGCAUCAGGCGCGAGGAGGAGAUGGAGAUGUCCGACGACGACUCAGAGGAAAAUCCCUGCAAGAGGCUGCGCAUGGAGGAAAACGGAGUGUGCGAGGCGUCUCUGAAGGAGGAGAACGACUCGCUGCGUUGGCAGCUGGACGCCUACAGGAACGAGGUGGAGCUGCUGAGGAAGGAGCCGAGCAGAGGAAGCCGCCAGGACGACGAACACACACCGACACACACACAUGGCGCUGAGCAUCAGAUCCAGCUGCUGCAGCAGAACAUGCAGAACAUGCAGCAGCACCUGCUGAGCCUGCAGGAGAAGCUGUCGAGUAAAGAAGCCGAGCUGCAGCGAGCCAGAGAGGAGAGGAGCGACCUGGAGGGGGGGCAGAUGCUCAGCAGCGACGGGGACGCUGUGCAGGGAACCAACGGAGAGCUGCAUGAGAAGGCGAUGAACGGGUGUGUGUCCUCGCUGUGCCUCGGCAGAGAGAGGAGGAGGGAGGGGGUCCUGAGAGGGGGCGUGGCCUCAGAGAAGGAGGCCCUGCUGCUGGGAGUUAUUUCCACCUUCCUGCACGUCCAUCCGUUCGGGGCAAACCUGGAGUAUCUGUGGUCGUACAUCCAGAGGCUAGACUCAAAGGUGUCUGCGGGGGAGCUGGAGCGUCUCAUGCUGCGUGUCCCCAGCAUGUUCAGACAGGAGCUGAGUGGUGUCGGAGCGACUCUGGAGAAAAGAUGGAAGUUCUGCGGCUUCGCCAGCCUCGGCUCGGCGUGACACAGGGAGAACGCAUACACACUGAUGUGAACAGACACACUCGAUCUACAUGUGUGUGCGUUCGUCCAUCCCAACUCAUGUUGGACAGACAGCAGCGUGAGGGACCCCCUCACCUGGACACCUGGAGCCUGAACGGACAAGAAGAGAAGUUAAACCAAAGUUGAUCCUGUACACGGAUAUAAAGGAAACAUCUUUUAAUUUAUCACCUAAAGAAGAGUCCAGAUGUUUAAUGUCUGCUGACAUUAUAUUUGUACAAAUACUUUAAAGAACUUUAGAACAAACACAAACCAGGUUUAUUAUUCAAGCAGAUGAUUUCAUUCAGUUCUUUUGUUCUUCUGUGUAAACAUGUUUAAGUUUCUACAGCGGACAUGUGUGGAUGGAAAUAAGAAUAGUAUUACAUUAUUAUAUUGUUAUAUUGUUAUUUGGGGAAGUCUUCGUGGCUAAAGGUGUGUUUUUAAAGGACAAUAAGAGUA